AUGUUGCACGAUAACGAUGCAAACUAUGUUUGUCUGAUUUGUGAUGAACCAUGUUCUGGCCAACCUUAUGGAGGUGAAUGUAGAGUAUAUAAAGAGAAGUCAAUUGUGACUGGGUAUACACCUCCUAACAAUUCUCCAUCCACUCCAGAUGAGAAGGAAUAUGAGAAUAAUGCAAAAGCAAAGAAUGCCAUAUUGUGUGGACUAUCAAAUUCAGAAUUUGUCAAGGUAAUGCACUGCAAAAUUGCAAAGGAGAUUUGGGACAAGCUUCAUAGUAUCUAUGAAGGUGAUGAUACAGUUAAGCAAGCAAAAUUGCAGACUUAUAGAGCUCAGUUUGAGGGGUUGAAGAUGAAGAAAGAAGAACGAAUUGCAGAAUAUUUGCUCAAAGUGGAUGAAGUUGUCAAUGCUAUCAAAGGACGCGGUGAAGAGGUUAAGGAUGCUGUAAACAUGAAGGAGGUGUUACGAAAAGAUGGUAAAUCAAAGAGAGAAGUUGCAUUUAAGGUUGUUGAGGUGGAAGAUUCAGAGAUUGAUCAAGAAGAGGCCAACUUUGUAAAGAGAUUAAAAAGAGGAUCAGAAGAUGUCACUAAACCUGGAAAUGAAGAACAUUUAUUCAUGGCAAUUGCUAAGGUUGAGUCUGAAAAGAAUGAUAAUGAUGAAGAAGAAGAAGUUGAGGUUGAUCUGGAAGGAGAACUCAUUUCUGCCUUAAAUGAACUAGACCUUGCAAGAGCAAAGAAUCAAAAAUACAAAAAGAAGAUUGAGGAAUCUGAAGCACUAAGUCUCAAAACUAAAAUUGAAGAAGCUAAGAAGAUAGAGGAUACUUUGACAGAAAAAUUGCAGGUGAAAGAGAAAGAAUGUGAGCUACUUGAGACUAGGAUAGUAUGUUUAAAAAAAUAUGACAAAAGCAUUGAAGCCUUGGAUAACAUGUUGAGUAAACAACGCAAAUCUAAUAUCUUGACUGGAUUAGGUUGUAAGAAGGGACACUGCUCUAACAGCACUGUGAUAGAUAAGAAGAAAUGCAAAGACAAAAUCAGUGAUGUCUUUGUAAAAGUUGACGAUAAAAGAAAAGAUGAAGAGAGGAUUCAAUCAGUUGCAAAAAAGGACAUGACAAUUGACGAGAAAUCCGAAAACAGGGAAACUGAGAGAUUCAUUGAUGUUAUCAGUAAGAAGAAAAGAUUCAAAAGAACACCUCCUGCCAGGCAACAAGCAGCAUUCAGGUUCAAUCAUUCCUUUCCUAGCUACUGUUUCUCUUGUAAUAAGUUUGGUCAUAAGGCAACAGAUUGUAGACUUAAUAUAAGGACUUUCAUAAGUCAAAAGCCAUUUGCACCUCUUGCUGAUUUCACUACAGUAUGUUAUAAAUGUAACAACCUUGGUCAUAUAGAAAAAUUUUGUAGAAGUGGUAUUAAUUCUCCCAAACAAGAAAUGAAAAUGAAUACUCAUCAAGGAGUAAAGGAAACUAAAUCUGAUAUAGACCAGAAGAAAGAAACUAAAAGGGAAUGGAAGGUGAAGAAGGAAAAGCAUAAUAUAGAGAAGUCUCUUCUUGUUCAGGCUGCUUUUCAUGCACAAGAUGAGAAUGAUACAUGGUAUGUCGACAGCGGAUGCUCAAAUCAUAUGACAGGUGACACGAGUAAAUUUCUCUCAUUAAAAGAGAAUUGCAAAGGAACAAUAAGAUUUGGUUCAAAUGAUAGUGCUACCAUAGUUGGAAAAGGAUCAAUCAGUUUUGAUAAUGGAUGGACAACAACACAAAAUGUCUUCUAUGUUGAAGGGCUCAGACACAACUUGCUCAGUGUCAGUCAGAUGUAUGAUAAUGGAUACAAUGUGGUAUUCCAUAAGAAAGGAUGUGAUAUCAAAAAAAAUGGAAGAGUAAUUGCUGAUGCACAUAGAACAGAUGGAAAUUUAUACAUACUAAACAAGCUCAAGGAAAGGAAUGGAUCCAAAUGUCUCAUGAGUCAAAAGGAUGAAAGCUAG